AUGUCCGGCCAAGCUUCGUCAAGACAAGGGUCGUUCAGAGAACGGGUUGAAGAAGAGAUGCGAACUCGAGGGCAGACAACAGGUACGGGCCGGUCCCCAAACCAGGAGACUUUAUUAAAAAGCCCCCCGCGAAAACUCUCAUACGAGUUACUUCCUGAGAUUCUCUCAGUGGUACCCAAGGUAGCCCCACCGGUCUUGACCAAGGAUGAUGGAAAUGUUGCGCCACUGGAUCAUCUAGCCAGCCUACCUGUCCAGCAAAAACCAAGCCAGGCAGGACAAAACACGCUGGGCCCCAAAUCGACGCUCCGUAGACGCAACGCGCUCUGCCGACGUGUGACAGCGCCCGUGGGAUGUAAGAAAGGGAUUCCUGACGAUGACAACCGUCCCAAGGACUACUUUUCUUUCCCGUUCGCGGAGCCCCCUUCGCCGCAUUCGCCUGCGGCGGAGGAACUUCGCAACGCGUGGCAGAGCUUUCAAAGGCCGAUCCGAGCCCACUCGUUACCCUCGCGUCAGUUUCACAAACCUGAGAAUAUGCUAAGCUAG